AAGUUAAGGAGCAGAAAUAAUUGAGGUUAUUGUUUGUUUGAUAAGUAGAAGCAGGACAUUAAUCUACGCAUUGCCAAUUAAUCAUGUCAUAAAUUUAUGAUCCACAAUUACUCACACAAUAAUUGUUUUUUAAAUAAGUUUUACGGUAGCAAGAAAGACACUAAUUCUCUUCUGGUCCUGAACAAGUUUUACAGUUGUAGUAGCAUUCAAAACAAUCCCUUCCUAUACAAUAAGCUCCUUCUUAAGGAAUAGUUUCAUAGCACUAAUUAGAAUAAGAAUAGAUAUAUGUGGCAUAUAUCUAACCACAUUAUUCAACACAAGCAUAUAUACUUUAAUCUUUAUUUAUAAUAGUGUAACCAGAGGAACAAGAUCCUUCACAUUUCCAAUUCACAUAGUUCUAAUAUUUAGUGUUACAUGAAUCAAAACAAUCACUAUCUUAUAAAAACUACAUGAAAUUGCAAGAAGUACAAAAACUUGCAAAAUUUUAACAAGUAUAACAAUUACUGUUACAAGGAGUACAUUCUAAAGUUGCAGGGUGCCCAUAGUAUCCAUCAUCACAAGGCUACAUACAUCGAUGACUAUCAGAUUAAUGAAGGUAAGUUUGGUAAAUCUUGUUUGCUUUAAUAUAUCCACAUUUCUUGGAAAAACACUAAUUGAUUGAAUAACCGUUGAAAUUGUUGUUCUAAUAAAUUAGAUCAUCUGGAUUACAAUUAGAUACACAGUAACUUUCAGUUUCAUCUAUUAUUUAAAGGAAUUUAGGAGA